AUGCAGAUUUGCAGAUUUGGUCGUCCUGACUUUCUCCGACUGACGCAAUCCUCGAUGCCAACAACGACUGACGACCAGUCGUGGUCGGCUCAACUGCCAGAUUCUAGCACCGGCUCGAGCUUGACCGAACAUUGUUACACAGCGUCAGUCACUUCGACUCCGUCGAGAUGUCCAACGGGCUGUCUGGUACCGUCGGUUGGGAACAAAUUAACGCGUCCUCCUGUCUUCUUCACCAAGCCCUACUCGCAACGAGGCCAGUCGGCCAAAGUGGCUUUUUGUGCCUGCUUUUACGAGGCCCUCUUCGAGACGGCCACAAAAGUCUUGGCCAAUUUAACAGACCCGCCCACUCAACUCACCCCGCACGUGGGUUUGCCUCCUUCCCAAUAG